AUGGAGCACGUGACGUAUUACGCCCUGGGGUUCUGUGGUCUGUACGGGAUGUUACUGGUGGUGGUGGGGACCGUCCUGCCAAUCAGCGAGUUCAUCAGCGAUCACCUGGUCAGGCCACGAGUAGACGGAUUUUUCUGCUACCUGUACGCGGUGGGGUUUGCCUGGCUGCUGGCAGUGUUCGUGUCAGGGUGCCAACAUGGCCGCUGCCCUGUCGAGGGGAGGAAGGACGACCUCAGCAUCUUUCUCAAAUGUGGAUUAGUCGGUUUCGGCUUGAUCAGUGUUAUCAAAGCUGCCCUGGAGGUCGCCAUUUACGCAGAGUACAACACGAUGCCCGGAUGUUAUCACGUGGAGCUGACGUCACUGAUGAGCCCUGUCGGCUGGAUCUUCUUCUGUCUGAUGCAGAUGUAUAUUCUCCUAACCUUUGAGAUGAAGCAGCAGCCUGACGGGUGGCGUUCGUGGUUCUACGUGCUGGGGCUGAUGCACUGCGUGGCCACCAACCUGUGCGUGUGGGUGAACACCGUGGUGCACGAGACCGUGGAGGCGCUGGAACACCGGCUCAACCAGACCGUGGUGGCGGAGGAGGGGCACGAGAGGCUGCUGCACGCCUCACACGACCUGCAUGGGGCAGAAGCAGACGAUUUGGACCUGUCCCCCGUCUGCCAGCCUGUGUUCCUACAGCACCUGAUGAGGCUCAUGUCUCCCAUGAUGUACCCCUGCACCAUUGAGGAGAGCCUCAUCGCUGCCGCCGCUUUUGCAGUCGCCAUUGUAGACAUCAAAGAACAGGCGUGUGGAAAGACACCGACGCGCCAGUGGAAAAUCCUGUCCCAAACAUCUCACUACUGCAUGUCCUCGUGUAAAGGUCUGGUGGCCGGAGUGAUCGUCCUGGCUGCUGUCCUCACUACCAUCAUCAUCUACGGCUUCUCCUUCGGUGCGCUGGACCACUGGGCCGCCUCCAUCGCUUACCAACUCACCAUCUUCAUGUGCAACAUCAUCGGGAUCGUAGUCACCGUGAUGGCGUGGUACUACCUCCGCUCCCACCGCAGCGAGCAGCACAGCGGGGCCGUUCUGGACAAGGCGCUGCUGUCCGUGGCGCUGUUCGGCGUUUUCCUGCUGGCUGUGUUGAGCCUGAUCUCGGGAAUCAUGGCGACGCACCAGAACUGGUCAGACAUGCUGCUGACAUGGCGGAUGGGGUCUGUCAUCGUGGAGACAUCCCUGCAGACUGUCUUUAUCUUUGAUGGACUCAACCGGACGUCGGCGCUGAAGGAAAAGGAACCCAAAGCUGUGGAGAAGGGCCUGGUGUCGUUUGCAACACCAGGAGGGGCAAACGGGGAAAUUCUUCACGACGUCGUCCCGCUUCGAGACGUCUUGCCCGUGCGACAAGGCGUUAUUACGGUUCAUCAUCGUCAGAUCGAGGGUCCGACGAUCAUAGGAGGCAGCUGCGAGGACAGCCAUGAUGCACCGGGUGGUCGCUGUUCAAAAGUAAGCUGCGAUCCGUUUUUAAAAUUACCCUUUCCACUGCCCAAGAGUGAUGAUCGCUGGGUGAGCAAGGCAAAGAGGUACUGGGAAGACGAAGAGAAUGUUGGCGGAGGAAAAUACAGUGGCGGCCGCCAAAAGAACGUACCGGAGAGGAGGAGGAUCCGCAAACGCAGCCGGCAGCUUGUGAUGUUCCUGUUCGUGUUGAACGUGACGCUGUGGCUGGUGUCUGUGUCUACUCUCUACAUCCCGGACACGCUCCAGGUGCAGGAGCAAUUCUAUCACCAUGUGGCCUGGAUUCUCGUCACCCACAUCGCGCUGCCUCUUCUCAUCUUCUAUCGGUUCCACAGUGCCGCCUGCCUGUUCGAGAUCUGGAACCACGCCUACCAUCCACACCAAUCCAUGUAGCAAGUCAUAAACCACGCCUACCAUCCACACCAAUCCAUGUAGCAAGUCAUAAACCACGCCUACCAUCCACACCAAUCCAUGUCGCAAGUCAUAAACCACGCCUACCAU